GUAUGACUCUGCUAAUCAGUAGAGGAUGUGCAAGAGCGAUAUUGGGUAGGAGAGAUGCAAAAUUGGAUAUAGUGCCUGUCGAUUUCGUAGUCGACGCGAUAAUAUGUAGUGCAUGGCAUGUCACGCUACAUCGUGACAGUGAAGUUAAAAUUUACAACUGCACCAGCAAUAUAGCACCAUACUCUUUCAAGUUUGGUCCGCUGAUAGAUACUGUGGUGAAAUGUAGCAUAGAAACCCCACUUAACGAUACGCCGUGGUACCCGGAUUGUUCAAUGAUAGCUAAUAGAUAUAUUUUCAACGUUCGGAGUGUAAUUCCUUAUGUUCUGCCUGCGUUCGCCAUAGAUAUCUUUUUAAGACUCCGAGGUAAUAAACCAAUAAUGAUGAAACUUCUCAAAAAUUGCAACAAGCUGUUCACAUCGGUAGCAUAUUUCACCACGAACGAAUGGACUUUCCAAAGGGAUAACUGCUCCGACUUGGCGAGGAAGGUGAAAAUGUUGAACGACAGCGAUAUGGUCAAACUAGAUUUACGGGAUAUGAAUUGGGAGAAGUAUGUUGCAAUUUACCUGAUGGGAAUUAGGAAAUUUAUUCUGAAACAAGACUUUAAAUCAACAGCCCGACAACGAUUAUCAAGGUUGUACUGGAUACAUCAGAUCACAAAAAUGUCCGGUAUAAUGAUCUCACUACUGAUGAUAUACUGUAUCGUUUAUUGACCAUCUGAAAGUUAU